AUUCGCCUCCCAGUUGGCAGAGCCAGAGCUCCUCUCUCUCUCUCGACCCUGUUUCCUUCUCUUAUCUUCUUCAUCUUUAAAGUAGGGUAAUCUUCCGACGACGGAGCAGAAGCCACAGACCUUGACCUUCUCUCUCUACCUCUCACUCAUUGUCUCAGUGUUCUAAUUCGACUUCCUCUGUAACGCAACCUCUAAUGGUGUUUCGCUCGAACUCUCGAUCGUUUCACUUCUGGGUCUUGUUUUUUUACUUCACACUGGCCUAGAAACGCGGGGAUUAGGCUGUUCAUUGUUUUCGUCUUUCUGGGUUUGCAUUGAAGUUUCCGUUUUGUACUGGAAUGAAAUUUCUCUGAAGUGUUCUCUUGUUUUCGAGGAAUUCGUUAAAGAUGAGUACCAAAGUCCGGACGUCGACGCCGAAAUCAGUGAAAUCUCCAAUGGAGCCUGAAAAAGGGAGGGGAGGCAAGCUAGUGACUGCUAAUAAGGCUUCGAAGAGUCGACGAGGCUCAGCCAGAGAGAGAAAAAUGGCUUUGCUACAAGAUGUUGAUAAGCUGAAAAGGAAGCUUCGACAAGAAGAAAAUGUCCACAGAGCAUUGGAGAGGGCAUUUACUAGGCCUCUGGGUGCUUUACCUCGUCUCCCUCCUUAUCUUCCUUCUUGUACACUGGAGCUUCUUGCAGAAGUAGCUGUUCUGGAAGAGGAGGUCGUUCGACUGGAAGAACAGGUGGUGCAAUUCAGACAAGGCCUCUAUCAGGAAGCUGUAUGCAUUUCAUCUUCCAAGAAGAUUAUGGAGAAUUCGGCUGAUUUAUACAACCCAUCCUCAAUGAAACAUUCUCAACAGCAAUCCAAAGCUCAAACUGCGGGAAAUGUCGGAUUGUCCACCCCAAGGCAUUCGUCCUCUCAACCCAAGGAUGGGCGAGGAAAGGAGAAUCAAUCACGCACUAAUUCUACAAAGAGCAACAAACAGUCCUUGAACCAUAAAGUUCAAGCAAUACGAACCCCAACAAAGAGGUCUCUUGAGUAUGGAUUGGCAGAGAAGUGUUCAAGUCCUGAAAAAUCGCAGCUAGAAUGUAGAGCAAUUGAUCACCGAAGUGCCGAAUCAAGAACUUUUGUCACAGAUGAAAAACUAUCUGGUGAUGAUGGCCCAAACAAAAUUUCAGAGAGCAUUCUGAAGUGCUUAUCAAGCAUUUUCUUAAGAAUGAGCAAGUUGAAGAGCAAGAGCGCAGCAGAAUUUUUACCUCCACUGUCUGCAUUAGCUUCACUAGAGACCUGUAAAGAAAUGGGGUUCCGCGAUCCAUAUGGUGUCUGUCUGGAAUUUGGGAAGAGAGAUAUUGGUCAUUAUAAGCAUCUAUUUGCAAUUGAAGCUGGAUCGGUCAAUCUAAACCAAACAUCAAACUCUUUAUUUCUUAUUCGUAGGCUGAAACUCCUCCUUGGGAAACUUGCUUCAGCUGACUUGAAGGGUCUCACACAUCAAGAGAAGCUUGCUUUUUGGAUCAACAUUUAUAAUUCCUGCAUGAUUAAUGCCUUCCUUGAACAUGGAAUACCAGAGAGUCCUGAGAUGGUUGUGGCAUUGAUGCAGAAGGCAACAAUAAAUGUGGGGGGACACUUGCUAAACGCAGUAACUAUCGAACAUUUCAUCCUGAGACUGCCUUAUCACUUGAAAUAUACAUUUUCAAAGGGUGCAAAAGGCGAUGAGAUGACAGCAAGGAGCAUCUUUGGAUUGGAAUUAUCAGAACCGUUGGUGACAUUUGCACUUUGCUGUGGAAGCUGGUCCUCCCCUGCUGUGAGAGUAUACACAGCAUCUCAAGUUGAAAAUGAACUGGAGGUAGCAAAAAGAGAGUACUUACAGGCUGCAGUUGGGAUUUCAACGACAAAGUUUGCAAUCCCAAAGCUGCUGGAUUGGUAUUUGUUGGACUUUGCAAAGGACUUGGAGUCAUUGCUUGAUUGGAUUUGCCUUCAAUUACCAACUGAAUUAGGAAAAGAAGCAAUCAAGUGCGUUGAGAGAGGAAAAAGCAAGCCACUCUCAGAGUUUGUCCAAGUUUUGCCUUACGAGUUCAGUUUCAGGUACCUUCUACAUGCAUAAAUUAUUUUUAGUUUUUAUUUUUCGAUCCACAGAGAUAUAAGGGCUUUGGAGUGAGGGUUUUGUACAAACCUACAGAAUGCAUAGUUAAAAGUAAAUGUAUAAUCUGCAUGUUCUCCCUGUAUGUAGUUGUGAGGAAUGCUUUCUUUCAUUGAGGGGUUCUGGGUGUAAGUAUUUAUUCAUUGUAUUUGCUCAGUUGCUUUGGGAAAGAAUUUUACCCAAAAUGGUGAUUUCUGUAUCCAAAAUAAUCCAAAAGUCGAGCGUGUUAGUCCAA